GUGGUCCGUAGUGCUUUAUUCUGCCUGGAAACAGCCAUGGAGCAGGGAGGAAGCCACGUGUACACAAAGGCACUGAUGGCCUACGCCUUCACGCUGGCAGGGAAGGAGGAGAAGCACAGGGCACUGCUGGACUCGCUUGAUAAGGAAGCUGUGAAAGAGGAUGGCUCCGUUCACUGGCAGAGGCCCGGGAAGCAGCCAGAGGCUGAUCUCCCGUUCUAUCACCCCCGUGCUCCCUCCGCUGAGGUGGAGAUGACGUCCUACGUGCUCCUCGCUUACCUCCCCACGCGGCCGGCACCAUCCCAAGAAGACCUGUCAUUAGCAGCUCAAAUUGCAAAGUGGAUCAGCAAGCAGCAGAAUCCCAACGGGGGCUUUUCCUCCACCCAG